AUGUUAUUAGUGGACACUGUGGAGAAGAAAAUCGAAGAGGACAAUGAUCUCAAGUUACGCAUUGCGCUUUCACGGCCACACAAGAAACUUAGCUCGGCCCGGAUAUAUUUGGAUCAGUUUCGUAAAAAUGAUGUGUUAUCUCAUGGAGCUAUAACGAGUGAAUACUUGAUAAAGCGUGAACUGGACAUACAGUGGAGUGAGAACAGCGGCACGAGUGAAACUGGGCGCCGGUUACCGAAAAAGCGACACAAGGACUUGCAUCUAGAUGAGGAUCGACGUCUGAUGGCAUUUUCUUACACUCCUGACACAUUUGCUAUGCUUAUUGCACCAAUGAUCAAGGAAAGAAAAGAAGCACUUGGUUCGAUGGGAAACGAUGCUGCAUUGGCAUGCCUUUCCGACUACAGUCCACAAAUUUUCUCAUACUUUCAACAGCUUUUUGCACAGGUGACAAAUCCACCAAUAGAUCCAUUUCGUGAGCAGAUUGUUAUGUCACUGCGUUGUCCCAUUGGUCCCGAAUCGAAUUUGCUGGAACCAUCGGAAGAGUUAGAAGCCAGAUUGAUCUUGGAGCAACCAGUUUUAUCGCUUAUUGAUUUGGAAGUAAGCUCAUCAAAUUUUUUUGCUAAACUAUCCAAAUAG